CGGUAGUCUUCCCUCUCGCCCUCCUACAUCCUCUGCAGCUCAUCAUAACCACCCACAUGUCGCCCUCGGAUAUAUAUGUUUGGUACUGUCCUCAUACCCGUUCUGUUGAUGAGCUCUCUUGCUAG